UAGAGAUGUUAAUGCAAAGUGGAUGUAAGCAUGAAGUUCGCAUGGUUGGUAUAUGUGGCGUUGGUGGAAUUGGAAAAACAACUUUGGCAAAAGCUAUCUAUAAUCGAAUAUUUCAACAGUUUGAUGGUAGUUGCUUUCUUUUUGACAUUAGAUCAAAAACUGAAGAAUCGGGUCUAGUCAAGCUUCAAGAGAAACUACUUAAUCAAAUCCUCAAAACUAAGGAAUUUGAAGUCGAUGGUGUUGCUAAAGGUGUCAAUCUAAUCAAAGCAAGAGUUGGGUCAAAGAAGGUUCUAAUUGUUCUUGAUGACGUGGAUCAUAGAAGCCAAUUAGAAUCCUUAACAAGAGAAAGAAGUUGGUUUGGCUCUGGUAGUGUAAUAAUUAUUACAACCCGAGAUGAACAUUUGCUAUAUGGGCUUACAACAAGUGAGAUAUACCGGGCCAAACCUUUAAAUGACAAUGAAGCCCAACAACUCUUUUCUCGUCAUGCUUUUAACUGUUUUUCUCCACCACAAGAAUAUGUUAAACUGGCACAAGACAUAAUAAAAUAUUCAGGUGGGCUACCGUUAGCUCUUGUGACAUUGGGGUCACAUUUGCAAGGGAGAUCCGUUAAAGAAUGGAGAGACGAGUUCAAAAAACUAAAAGCAAUACCUCAUGGUGAUAUUCAAAAGGUUCUCAAGAUAAGCUUUGAUGGACUUGAUGUCAAUACUCAGACUGUUUUCCUUGAUAUCGCAUGUGCCUUCCAUGGUUGUUUUGAGGAUGAAGUUACCAAAACAUUAAAUGCGUGUGGUUUUCAUUCUGAAAGUGCAAUUUCAACCUUAGUCCAAAGGAACUUGCUCCAAAGGGAUGAUUGGCCUAGUUUGGUGAUGCAUGAUCUAGUGCAGGAAAUGGGAAGAGAAAUUGUUCGCAUGGAAUCUCAGGACCCUGGAAAACGGAGUAGAUUGUUCAACCCUCAAGAAGUCAUUGAUGUUCUACAAGAAAAGAAAGGUUCUGAAAAUGUAGAAAUACUGGUGGUAGAACGACAGGCAUUAAAGGGUGUGAAACUGAGCACCAAAGCAUUUCAGAAAAUGAUAAAUCUUAGGGUGCUUAAAAUCGACGACUUACAUAUUAGUGGAGAUUUUGAGCUAUUGUCCAAGGAGCUCAGAUGGCUGUCUUGGAAAGGAUGUCCUUUAAAAUGUGUACCAUCAAAUUUUCCAUCUAAGAAACUUGUAGUUCUGAAUAUGAAAGGGAGCAAUAUCCAAGAAUUUGGUUUGAAGUUGCAGUAUUGUAGAAAUUUGAAGAAGCUGGAUCUCUCUGAUUGCAAGCGCCUCAGAAAAACUCCAAACUUCAACGGUUCACGAAGUCUCGAGACUUUGUGGCUUGAGAAUUGCUUAAGUCUGAAGGAGAUCCAUCCAUCAAUAGGAAAUUUGGACAGACUAACUGCUCUUCAAUUGAAUGGUUGCAAAAAGAUUACGGAUCUUCUGAGCAGCAUAUGCCAGCUAAAAUCCCUUGAAUACUUGUACAUUGAUGACUGCUCAUCUUUACAAACACUGCCAGUUGACAUUGGAGAUAUGCAAAGCCUAAGAUUUCUUAAUGCACGUCAUACAGGUAUAAAACAAUUGCCUGGAUCUUUUGAAAUGCUAGGAAAUCUUACACAUUUGGAAAUUGGAGGUCAAAUCAUCUUGGUCGAUAGGAGGUUUUAUCAAACAAGAGUAUCCAGGGUCGUCAAUCUACCCUUUGAUUUUUCCAAGGUACCAUGGUUGAGGUAUUUGAACGAUUGCAAGAAUGUUCAAAAUCUCCCGUCAAUAUCAAAUAAUUUAGAGUACCUUAGCAUUCUUGAACUUAGGAAUUGCCAAAAACUGGUCAUGAUUAUAAGGAUGGUUAGGAAUUGUACUUGUCUGCAGAAGCCAUUCAAUGAAGGCUUCUUUAUUGCCCAGGCUCUAUCAAUUCCAUCCAGAGAACUUCCACUGCAUCAGAAGAUGAAGCUGUCAUUACAAAUUGAUUUCGGAAGCAAUAAGAUUCCAGAUUGGUGCAGCAAUAAAGUAACAGCUCCAUCUAUCUGUUUGACUAUGCCCACACUACAUAAUAACAACUUCUUAGGAAUGGUUCUCUGGUUUGUUUGCGACCGUUGCCAUGUAUAUGAGCUUAAACACUUCGUUGUUACUGUUGCCCAUAUAAAGCGUUCAGGUUUACCGUGGAUUAAUUAUAUUGAUAGAUCUACUUCCUGGCACCGAGAACUAUCAUAUGUAUAUUACUUCUCUUACUCAAAUGAUACACCUUUUAAAGGCCUAAAUAUCAAAGGCGGGGAACAGAUAACAGUAGAGAAUGAAACUGGCAGAGGCACAGUAAAGAAGAUAGGGAUCCAUCUGUUAUACUUGGACCAACAUGGUAAUGUUACAUCUUUGCCGGGAGUUGUGGAUCAUUCUUAUACUCCCUCCUACCCACAAAGACUUUCAGCAGGGCAUGCACAUAUCAACUCAAACAACGACAACAUAUCCAAUGAAAUCCCACAAGUGAGGUCUGUGUCAGUGGAUAUCAACGAGCAAAGUUCUGAGAAUGUGUUAUGUACCAUGGAAAAUGUGUUCCAUAAAAAUAGGCCAAGGACCUGGAUCUACCAAAUGAUAGCGAUGCCUCUAAAAUGUCUUUUUGGAAAAUGUUUCUCCGUGUGUUCGUUAUGUAUGAAAAAAGUUUGUUCUUAAAGUAUUUGUAUAUAACACCUUAGACACUACUAUCAAUCUGUAUAAUUC